GAGAGAGAGAGAGAGAUGGCGGAUGCGGGAAGAGACCAGACAUCCUUAGAGUUCACGCCGACGUGGGUGGUGGCUGUCGUUUGCUCCAUCAUAGUGUCCAUUUCUCUCAUCGUUGAUGGACUCUUUCGUUGGGCCGGCAAGCGUUUGAGGAAGUACCAAUGGUGGCCGCUCAUCGGCGCCUCACGGAAGAUCAAAGAUGAAAUGAUGCUACUGGGUAUCAUAUCGCUUCUCUUAGCGGUGUUCCAAACUAGCAUAGGGAAGAUUUGCAUAUCGGAGCACCUCAACAACGUCUGGCUUCCCUGCAAGAAGCCCGACUCUCCAUCCACCGUCGCAACGGGAGGACGCCGCCUCCUCGCCAUUGCGUCUGAUACUACUGAUUACUGCAGUCAAAAAGGGAAGGUGCCAUUGUUGUCUGUUGAAGCAGUCCAUCACCUGCACAUUUUCAUAUUUGUGCUGGCCACCUUUCACGUGGUCCUCUGUGUGCUCAAAGUACUGACUAUGGUGUGCUAUGACAUCCCUUUCACUUCAACUAUAAAUCAAUGGGGGAAUCUGCAGCUAUAUGAGAAACUUCUCAAAGUUAAUGAUCGUCUGCAAGACCUCGUACUCACGAAAACGGUGGAUUUUUAUAAAAAGCCACCUGGCAUCGUCUCAUCUCUGUCAACAGGUUUUCAGAAAGGGUUUGCUUCUAUGACCGUGCGUGAGUACGUUACUCUUCGUUUGAACUUCAUCGAGGUCUUGCACUCAAAGAAUAAGGCACUUGAUCCGGAAGAUCCGGGGAAAGAAUUUCAAGAUUGUAUAAUCGGGACUUUGAAAAAGGAGUUUGAGAAUAUGAUUGGAAUCAGCUGGUACUUGUGGUUAUUCGCAGUGACAUUUUUGCUCGUGAAUGUUGCCGGAUGGCACGCCUUGUUUUGGAUAUCUUUCAUGCCGUUGAUUAUUUGGGUCAUUGUCAACAUCAAAUUGGAGGGUAUUGUAAGCCGACUAGCAAAAGAUAUUGCCGAAAAGCAUACACAAAAUGAAGAGGAGUCCAACGAAAAUGGUGCGAAGGAGAUGGUUGUUGAAAUUUCAGACGAUGAUUUCUGGUUCAAUAAGCCUCAUCUGGUCGGCAACCUGAUUCACAUCGUGCUAUUCGAGAACUCUUUGCAGCUUACUUUCUUCUUCUUUAUAUUGAUCCAGUAUGGUUUUCACUCCUGCAUCAUGGGGAAGGUUGGUUUUGUUGUCCCGAGAAUAGUACUUGGAGCGUUUGUCCAGUGGUUGUGCACCUUCCGAACAUUACCUCUAUACGCGAUUAUUAAAUCACAGAAGAAGCAAUCGGAGAAACAAAACAAAACGUGUCCUGAUAUUAAGAAAAUUAGGAUGCUCUUGAAGGAGAACCAAUCGGAGGAGGAACGUAUAAAAGAGUGUCUUGCUGUUCUUGACGAUAUUGAGGUACGGUUGAAGGAGAAUGAGAUGGACGAAGACCAAGAUAUGACCGGGAUUUCGGAAGCGAUCGAUAAGCGAAAGAAGCCAAGAUCAGCAGUGGUGCCCACAGAUACUGAGUUGACCCGAACUGGUUCGAGAGACGGAUCUGUUGGAGCUGAGCCGACAGAAACUAUGAAAAGAAAUGGUGAAGAUGUUCCAGUUGUUCCAGUUGUUCCAGUUGUUGAAAAGAUACUUCGGUCUUUAGACAAGAAGUACCACCACAUUGGCGUUGCGAUUGACGAGUUCAAAGACUCGAUGCCAUGA